AUAUUAUCUGUGCAGCAGCGAAAACUGCGAGAUUUACCUGAUUAGUGAGAGGCGAGCUGAGAGACAUGUCUGCACUGAUCAGGCGGAUUAUAAACACUGCUGCUGCACCCGCUGCUAUCGGCCCUUACAGCCAGGCAGUGGUGGUUGACCGCACUAUGUACAUCUCUGGGCAGCUGGGAAUGGACACAGCCUCUGGACAAUUAGUCGCAGGAGGGGUGCAGGCCCAGGCCAAGCAGGCCCUCAUUAAUAUGGGGGAGAUUCUGAAAGCAGCUGGAUGCGGAUAUGAAAACGUUGUCAAGACAACUGUCCUCCUGGCAGACAUGAAUGAUUUCAACAAUGUCAAUGAAGUUUAUAAGCAAUUCUUCAGCAGAAACUUUCCUGCCAGGGCUGCCUACCAAGUCGCUGCUCUACCCAGAGGUGGUCUGGUUGAGAUUGAAGCAGUUGCAGUACUGGGACCAAUUACAGAUGCAUCCUGACUGACCGCCGCAAGCGUGCAUAAACUGUGAGACUAACUGAGUAUCCUGACAUUAGGCCACUGACAUCCUCUAUCCUGAGAGAGAUGCCUGUAGAGUUUUGUGUAGAUAAACAAUUGCAAUUUGUUGCAAUUUUUCAUCCAUGGGAGCUAACUGAGAGCUAAUCACUACACCCACAUCCUCUAUUCCAUAAUACAGUGUAAUUAAGAAUUGAAUUAUUACAUGUAAUGAACAGUAUUACUGCCAAAUGUCUGCAAGGCAUAUCUGACAGAGACUGAUUUGUAUUUCUUAAUGCAUUUCUUACAAUAAAAUGCCAGUCAAUGCCUGUUAAUAAAAUUAUUUUCAUAAUUUUCAAA